AUGCUUACCGUUUGUAUCCUUCUUCAGGCUCUUCUUUGCAAAUCAGUUAUUGCGUGGACCAAUGGCGCCAGUGCGACCGGACCGACUGAUCCAUCCGUUGUUGAUCACUGCGAGUACUGGGUGAACAACAUUGGAUUAAGCGACAGCUGCGAGUUGAUUGAAGACUACUUUGGGAUCACGAGGCGGCAGUUUCGACUUUGGAACCCAUCUCUGUCACCUUCAUGUGUCAUGACUCGUGGAUGGAGCUAUUGUGUCGCAGCGCCGUCUUCGGCGACAACGUCCACCACAUCCACCACAUCCAUCACUGCUACCCGACCCUCUGAUCCUCCAGGCACUAUCACGUACUCCGGCACAGCGGCUCCCACGCAAAGUGGCGUCAGCUCAUCCUGCGCCAAGUAUCAUCUAGUGCAUCCAGGAGAUACAUGCUAUACCAUCCAGGAUGAAUAUGGGGACUUUACUCUUGAACAGUUUUAUUCAUGGAAUCCCUCCAUCGGCAAGGGUUGCAUUGGUAUACAGCCAGGUUAUUAUGUCUGCGUGGGCACUGAAUCCAAGUCUACCUCUAUUUCUAUGACGCCCACUACCGGGUCUUCUACUGCAAUUCCGAGCAAGACCAGUGAAGGAUCGUCCGCAUCAGAUCCUCAACCACACCAAACAGGUAUCCCAGCAAAUUGUAACAAAUGGCAUUAUGUCGUCGAUGGUGAUGAAUGCGAAACGAUAGCCACCAAAUACGGCAUUACACUCCAGCAAUUCUAUACAUGGAAUCCAGCCAUUGGUUCCACUUGCCGUUUCCUUUGGAAGGACAAUUAUGUCUGUGUCGGUAUUACCGGUUAA